CAACGACACAACGCAUCAUGAUGACCAAAAGUAUCAUCUCAAUCGUUACACUUAGUCUCGCUAUCGGUUACUGCUCAGUGUUUGCAGAUAACCCCUGCCUAAAAGGACCUCCAGUUUCAAAGAAUGCGGCCGAAUGUUGCGUUACACCAUUUCUCGUAGAACCGAGUGCCUUCAUGGCUUGUCAUUCGAAGUGGAUCGGUCAAACCAAGCGCCAGAUGGCGCUGGAAGGGAUUCCACGUGGUUGUUGCGUAGCGGAGUGUGUAAUGAACGCGACGAAUCUCUACUCCAACGGCAAACUCGAUCGUAAAGCACUGACCAAGCUGUAUCUGGAUUCUACCAAAUCGAUGGCUUCCGAAUGGAAACAGAUUACACUGGACGCAAUCGAUGGCUGUUUCAAGAUGGCGGACUCAAUCAAGGAUGAAAUUGAGGCCGGUGCUAAGCUAACGCCAGCAUUUGAAGGUGAACAGAUCUGCCACCCAAUAUCGGGCACUAUUUUGGCGUGCAUGGGUAUGACACUGUUUGCCGAGUGUCCUGCUAAACUGUUCACCGUGAACGAUGAUUGCAAUCAGCUGAAAACGUACCACAGCAAGUGUCCCUUUUUGUAGAUGACU